CUGAUCAGCUGAACCCCCGAGAAACCUUUUGAGUUUCGACCCAUCCGCGUCGCUCUGCUGGUUUUCCAUGGCGAAGACUCGCGGCGGAGCGCAGCGCCGGUCCGGCGCGAAGGGUGCGCCCAUGAAGAAAGCGGCAGAAGACGGCGGAGGGAGCUGCGAGGGAGAGGAAAGUCGCGAACCUGAGACUGGAAGUGGUGAUCUUGCGAGAGUCGGGUUCGGAGAUGGUCGCCCGCGGAGGCAGGAAGGUGGCGACGGCACCCGGGAGAGAAGAGUUCGCUUCGCCGGUGAGGAAGAGGUAGAGGGGGACGGAGGUGGCGGUUCGAAGGACGGAGCCGAUGUUGCUUGCGAGGAAAGUAAAGUGGCCGAGGGAACUGUAAAUUGGGUCGUGUACCGAAGUCUGAUGAAGUUGAGAUCGAGGGAUUGCGGCGCGAAGAGGAAGGUAAUGUACGAUGACGGUGAAGACGAUGGGGGUGUUGCCAAGAAGAGGAUGCAGAGACGGAAGCGCAUGUCGAAGCGAGGAGUUAUGGCAGUUCGCGAAACAGGGGACAAUGAGAAGGAGGAAAGAAGUUUGGCUAGGAAACGGGCCGUCAAAAUUCUCGAUGUUGCAAGGAAAGGAGCAAAAACAGGCAAAGAUGAAGAAACUGUGAGGGAAAGAGGUUUAGGAAUUGGCAAAAGUUCAUCGCAAAAGAAAAGGAAAAGCCAGCUGAUGGAAACAGAGAGUGACGCGGGGAUAAACGAAGUGAAGAAAGUAGUGAGACCAAGGAGACAUGAACCUAAGUGGUUAGAAGAUGAGUGUCGAAUGUGCCAUCAAUGCCAGAAAAGUGAUAAAGAUCGUAUUGUUCGGUGUAAAAGUUGCAAGAGGAAGAGAUUUUGUGCGUCCUGCAUUAAGAAUUGGUAUCCUAUGACAAAAGAGGAAGAUAUUGCCAAAGCUUGCCCAUUUUGUUGUGGGAACUGCAACUGCAAGGCAUGCUUACGUCUAGAUGCACCAAAUUUGAGGAAGAUGGAGUUAGUAACUAAGGAAGAAGCUACUAAGGAUUCCCGAUAUUUGCUGCAAGCACUGUACCCAUUCGUGAAACAAUUUCAUGUGCACCAAAUGAUGGAGGUGGAGUUCGAGGCAAAGAGAAAAGGGCUACCAAUUCAAGAGCUCAACAUUGAGAAGGCAGGAUGUUAUUCAGAUGAACGUGUGUACUGCGACAACUGCAGAACAUCUAUUGUCGACAUUCACAGAUCCUGUCCCAAGUGUUCUUAUGAUCUCUGCCUAGUGUGCUGCCAGGAGAUCCGUGAAGGACAUCUUCAGGCUAGUCAGGAGGAAGUAAUAGUUGAGUACAUUGACAGGGGGGAAAAAUAUUUGCAUGGUCUGAAGGUGGACAGUGUUGAUGUUACAGCUGAACUUAAUCCAUCAGAAGUAAAAUCAGAAACUGGGUGGAAAUUGGCAGAUGAUGGAAGUAUCCCUUGUCCACCAAAUAACAUUGGAGGCUGUGGCGAUGGUCUUCUGGAGUUGAAGUGUAUACUAGAAGAGAAUUUUGUUCUAAGAUUGGUGGAAAAGGCAGAUGUGAUUGCUAGAGAGCUCAUGCCUACUAAUUCAGGACAAGGCCCUCCACAAUGUCCUUGCCUUAACCCAGAAAGCACUGUGGAGAAAAGUGGUAACCAUUUAAUGAAAACUGCAAGUCGAAGUGAUUCUAAUGACAACCAUUUGUUCUGUCCGAAGGCUAAAGAAAUCCAACCUGGGGAUCUAAUACAUUUCCAGAGCCACUGGAUCAGAGGAGAGCCUGUAAUUGUCAGCAAUGUGCUUGAAACUGGAACUGGUUUGAGCUGGGAUCCUAUGGUUAUGUGGCGUGCAGUCCGCCAGAAACCACAUAAAAUACAUGGCCAACAUAUGGAUGUGAAGGCGAUUGAUUGCUUAGAUUGGUGCGAGGGAGAUAUUAAUAUUCACCAGUUUUUUGCUGGAUAUACUGAUGGCAGAUUUGAUAAGCAAUAUUGGCCCCAAUUACUUAAGUUGAAGGACUGGCCUCCUUCUCAUUUGUUUGACGAACGUUUGCCACGUCAUGGUGCUGAGUUUGUUUGCUGCUUGCCUUUUAAGGAGUACACACAUCCUUCCAGUGGUCUCUUAAACCUCGCAGCGAAAUUGCCUCAGAAUUUACUCAAACCAGAUUUGGGUCCAAAAACAUAUAUUGCUUAUGGAUUUGUUGAAGAGCUAGGGCGUGGAGAUUCGGUCACCAAGCUUCACUGUGACAUGUCUGAUGCGGUCAACGUGCUUACACAUACUGCAGAGGUGAGAUAUACAAGGGAACAGAUGAAAAUAAUAGACGAGCUGAAACAAAAACAUCAAAAGCAAGAUCAAAGAGAAGGGAUUGAAGUUUGUCAGGAUCUUAAGAAAAUAACUGACGAUACUACAUGCAGCAACAAUCUUGUAUGCAGGACAGGUGAACGAUGUGAUACUAAUGGUCAUGUUACUUUGGACGGGAGAAUUCCUUUAAGUACAGCAAAUAUGGCCAAGACUGUAGAAGGAGAAGCCAGUCCUCAAGCUAUCGAUGGGACUUAUGGAACUUCAAGAACUUCUGGAGAUGUGUUGGACGCAGUAGAGGGAGGCGCGGUCUGGGAUAUUUUCAGGAGAGAGGAUGUCCCUAAGCUGCAGGAUUAUCUGAAAAAACACUUCAGGGAAUUCAGGCACACUCAUUGUUGUCCUCUGCCUCAGGUUAUGCAUCCAAUACAUGAUCAAACCUUUUAUUUGUCUAGGGAGCACCUAAGGAAGCUAAAGGAGGAAUUUGGAAUAGAACCCUGGACAUUUGUGCAGAAGCUUGGUGAUGCUGUCUUCGUUCCUGCUGGCUGUCCUCAUCAAGUCCGGAAUGUAAAGUCAUGUAUCAAGGUUGCACUAGACUUUGUUUCUGCUGAAAAUGUUGGUGAAUGCAUCCGCUUAACAGAGGAAUUCCGUUUACUUCCCAAAAACCAUCGAGCCAAGGAAGACAAGUUGGAGAUUAAGAAAAUGGUGAUUUAUGCUGUCAAACAGGCUGUCGAGUGUCUGGAGAAUGCGGGAUUCAGGCCCUGAACAGUUGCAUCCAUGUGGUACAAAGUCCAAGCAAUACACUCCUUUUUGUUAUGGUUAUGGUUUUUUUUUGUCAAUUGUAGACUUUGUUUGUUUGAUUAUCUCGUACUUCAAGUGAUCACUUGGUUCUUUUUUGUCAUAUCUUCUUUUGGCUUGGUUGGAGCUGGUGUACAUAGUUUAAAAGAGUCACAGGCAGCAGAAGUCAGAACUUAAUUAAUAGUCGGUGCCCUGUAAGUUGCCAAGUGUGACUCCAAGUCUAUCAUAUUCAGGAGUUCUCGUUUCUUAUUGAA